CUAAACCAAAAACCAAGUGUUUUCCCCCCUCUUUCACCCCCUCCCUGCACGAAGCUUGUGGAGGUGGGGCCAGCACAGCACAGCAAUGCUACCACUCUCCUACGCGCCACCGCUACCGCCGCCACAGUCGCGACCGAACCCCACCCCUAGCCACAAGCCCAAGCCCCAGCCGUGCGUGCUUCUCUUCCCUGCCGCCCUCCGAACGGCGGCCGCGGCGGCCGCCAUCUCCUUCUCCCUCCUCGCCGGCAACGCCGCGGCUGUGGCGGCGGUGGAGCAGCCCCCGGAGAUAUGCCGCGGCCAGGACGACGGGAGGGAGGUAGAGGUGAAGGCCGAGGCGGUGACGAACGAGCAGCUCGUGGAGGAGGCGUGGGAGGUGGUCAACGAGGGCUUCCUCCCCGACGCCGGCAGCCGCCCGUGGUCACCGGAGCUGUGGAUGCAACGGAAGCAAGAUAUCCUUCAAGGUUCAAUCAAAUCCCGCUCUAGAGCCCACGACAUCAUCACGAAAAUGCUAGCUAGCCUGGGUGAUCCAUAUACAAGAUUCCUGUCGUCCUCAGAUUUCUCGAAGAUGUCGAAGUAUGACAUGACGGGGAUUGGGUUGAACUUAAGAGAGAUUCCUGAUGACAAUGGUUCUUUAAGGUUGGUGGUAUUAGGAUUGAUACUAGAUGGGCCUGCUCACUCUGCUGGUGUUAGACAGGGUGAUGAGCUUUUGUCUGUCAAUGGUAUCGAUGUAAGAGGUAAAUCUGCAUUUGACGUGUCGUCCAUGCUGCAAGGCCCAAAGGAAACUUUUGUUACAAUUAAGGUUAAGCAUGACAGCUGUGGUCCUGUUGAGUCAAUGAAAGUGCAAAGGCAGAUGGCUGCUCGCACUCCAAUUUUCUAUCGUUUGGAGAAAAGAGACAAUGAGAAUUCAUCUGUCGGAUAUAUUCACAUUAAAGAAUUUAAUGCAGUGGCCAAAAAAGAUUUGGUCAGCGCACUGAAACGUCUACAAAAUUCAGGUGCCUCCUAUUUUGUUUUGGACCUGAGAGACAAUCUUGGUGGACUAGUGCAAGCUGGAAUAGAGAUUGCAAAGCUCUUCUUGAACAAAGGAGACACGGUCAUUUAUACUACUGGCCGGGAUCGUCAAGUCCAAAAUACAAUUGUUGCUGACAGUGGACCUUUGGUUACAACUCCUGUGAUGGUACUGGUGAAUAAUAGGACAGCAAGUGCCAGCGAAAUAGUCGCUUCAGCACUUCAUGACAAUUGCAAAGCUGUUCUUGUCGGUGAAAGGACUUUUGGCAAGGGCUUAAUCCAAUCAGUAUUUGAACUUCAUGAUGGUUCUGGUAUUGUCGUCACAGUUGGCAAAUAUGUCACGCCAAAUCACAAAGACAUCAAUGGAGAUGGAAUAGAACCAGACUACCGCCGUCUUCCUGAUCUCAAUGAAGCCAGAGAUUACCUUUCGCGUUGCCAAAGCAAGAAAUUAAGUUGAGGUGAAGUGCUUUAUUACAAAGCUUCUUACACAGCAACACAUUAGAAGUAUGGAAUGGAGCGUUAUGCCCAGAAGAAUUGCACAGCGAAGAAUGAACUCUCCCUGGUGAGGUGAGACCACAAGCUCAAGCUCUACAUCGAAGCCUCAAUUCAAUAUAGGCAUCUGCAGAGAUCAGAGUGAGCAUGUCCUUGGAUUCACCGGUGCUGCAGCUCGGUAGAGAAAGGAAAGAGCACAUUGGCUUCUGCUGAAUAUACCCAGCACCAAUAUGUAAAUAGCUUGUGAUCCGUGUGCAACCAGUGGCAUUCGUCAUAUAAAGAAGUGCAAUAGUAGCUCUAAUCCAAGCAUUUUGCCAA